GGAGGCAAAUAAGAGGAACGCCUGGUUCCCGAAAGUAAAGGUCUCUUCAUCACGUGUGAUCAGCAGGACACAGUAUCUGAGGAGAGGACGGAUAAAGGUGCUGUGUUGUUGUCGGGUGGAGGAUGGAAGAAAAACACAAGAAGAUUCUUCAGCGGAACAGGGUCGGUCUGGUGAGGGAGCUGGACCCAUCCAAGCUCUACGAUGGCCUGCUCGAAACAGCAGUUUUCACGCAAGACAUGAUCGAUGAGAUUAAGAGCUCUGGGACCAGACGUGACCAGGCCAGGCAGUUGGUCCGGGACUUAGAGACCCGCGGCAGUCGAGCCUUUCCGUUAUUCCUGCAGUGUCUCCAGGAGACGGGUCAGCAGAGUCUGGCAGAGCUCCUGCAGAAUGGAGUCCCAGCAGUUCAUCUACAGCCUGCUACACCCACUGAGGUCCGCCCUGUGGUCCGACCUCUCCCAAUCACUUCCCCGAUGGAUGUCGAUAAGCAGAGAAGAGAUGAUGACCCUGUCAGGCCCAUUCCUCGACCCAGUACUACUCCCAGUCCAUCACCUGAAAGGGAGAGCUUAAGACCAAGGCCACAGGGCAGAACACGACGGGACAGUAUUCAGGGCUACAAAAUGGACGCCAGCCCAUGUGGACACUGCCUCAUCAUAAACAACGUGGAGUUUGACCUUCAGAGCGAGCUGAGCAAUCGUAGAGGCUCCAACAUCGACUGCGACAAGCUGGAGAGAAGAUUCAAGACGCUCAACUUCAUCGUGGAAGUCAAGACCAACCUGAAACAAAGACAAAUCAAGCAUGAGCUGUCAGCUUUGUCCAAGAAAGACCACUCACGCUCUGACUGCUGUGUGGUUAUCAUGCUGUCCCAUGGGACUGAGGUGAGUCACAACCGCUUCCCUGGUGCGGUGUAUGGUGUGGACGGACAGUAUGUCCCAGUUCAACUUAUCACAAACUACCUCAACGGCCAGAAUUGCCCUUCUUUACAAGGCAAACCCAAACUGUUCUUCAUCCAGGCGUGUGGAGGAGGUGAAAAAGACACAGGCUUUGAGGUGUCCCCCGACGAAUUUGAGCCAUCCUUCGGGGGAACAGAUGACCAGACAGACGCCAUUCCAAUGUCGUCCAGCAGCGACUCCCUGAGCAUGUCUGAUGAACCGGACGCCAGAGCCACUCUGCCCACGCCGUGUGACAUCCUGGUGUCCUACUCAACUUUUCCUGGUUACGUUUCUUGGAGAGACCCCCAGUUGGGAUCCUGGUAUGUUGAGACAAUGGACCGUGUUCUUGAGGAAAAUGCUGCUACUGAUGACCUGGUUACAAUGUUGAUGAUGGUGAACAACGAGGUCUCUCAAAACUCUGCAAAAGGGCUCUACAAGCAAAUGCCUGGUUCCUUUAACUUCCUCCGAAAACUUCUCUACUUUCAAACCCAAACAUAGACCAAGAAAAGUUCAGCUUGUCUCACAUUCAGCUUCAGGUUCAACAUUUGUCUUUUUCAGUGUCAUAAAUCUUGACUGUAAUGUUUUUGGAUUAUGUCUCAGCAGAGUCGUAAGAUGUAUGAAUUUGCUAAAUUGUGCUUUUACUGAAAUGCCUUAGUGUGUAUUAGAUUUUAUUGAUUGGCACAGCUUUCUGUGCUUUUAAUCGCUGGCAACCUUUCUAAAUGAAUCUCUCAGGCGUAGGUGUGAUCAUCGGAAGAUGAUGUAAAAAGUUGUUAUGACUUUGGUGACGUAUCAACACAACACAACAGCCAUCAGUUUUUUAAAUGGCAGUCAAUCAACAUGAUGAUCAGUUUGUGCUCUGUCUCUUUUAUACGGAUCUUGUCAACAAAUGGGAUUGUGUGUAAUUUUUUUUGUACUUUUCUGACAAAAUAGAGGCUGUAAAUGAC